CGGCAGUUUCUUCUUCGGCACUCUCUCUUCCGUAGAACCAAGAAGACGACGAAGAGGACCGGAGAAGAUGGCUCUUGGGAUCAAAGCGUUGCCGUUCACGUUUUUCGCGCACCUGCUCGCCAUCGCCGGCGCCGUUAUGGUCCUUGUUUGGUGCAUACACUUUAGAGGCGGUUUAGCCUGGGAAGCUUCAAACAAGAGUCUCAUCUUCAAUAUUCAUCCUGUACUGAUGCUAAUUGGCUUAAUUAUCAUAGGAGGUGAAGCUAUUAUUAGUUACAAAUCAGUCCCUCUAAAGAAGGAAGUGAAGAAACUAAUACAUCUUGUUCUCCAUGCUGUUGCACUGAUACUGGGUAUUAUUGGUAUAUAUGCCGCAUUCAAGUACCACAACGAGAGUUCAAUUCCCAAUCUCUACAGUCUGCAUUCUUGGCUUGGGAUUGGGAUCAUUGUGCUCUAUGGUAUUCAGUGGAUAUAUGGUUUUGUAAUAUUCUUCUACCCUGGAGGAUCAAACGGCCUGAGAGCAGACUCGCUUCCCUGGCACGUUGCAUUCGGGAUGUUCGUGUACGUGUUAGCAGUUGCCAAUGCUGCCAUAGGAUUUCUGGAGAAGCUUACAUUCCUUGAGAACUCAGGUCUUGCUAAAUAUGGUUCUGAGGCUUUCCUUGUGAAUUUUACUGCUGUUAUUACCAUUCUGUAUGGAGCCUUCGUAGUGUUAUCAGUUGCUUCCCAAGGUAAUUCAGAAGAUGACUACAGCUAUUCGGCUAUAUAAAAUAAAAAUGCCUUAAAAUGUACCACGUUAUUGUACUUUUUAUGGGAUUCUUAUGAAAGCUAAGAUCUCCAUUGUUGUAUUGCCAUAAUCCAAUUUUUGGUAAAAAUGAAAUUGUAAUCUACAACAGUGGAUUAUUAUGUUGUCUAGACUUUAUCCUCCAGGGGUAGCUUCUGA